AUGCCAGCUUUCAACGAAAGCAAAGAUGACCUCGACGCAUACAUGAUGCGAUUUGAGCGCGUAGAAGAGGGCCAGAAGUGGCCAAAAGAGCAGUGGGCAACGGCCCUAAGUAUGUGCUUGAGUGGGAAAGCGUUGAGCGUAUUCGGGAGACUACCUGCUACAGAGUGUACCGAGUAUAGCAAGCUUAAAGAAGCUCUGCUCAAAAGAUUUCGAAUGACGGAGGAUGGAUUCCGGGAAAAAUUCAAGACAGCGAAGUCACUCGAGGGGGAGACCCCGGCCCAAUACAUUGCGCGACUUGACAAUUACUGGUGUCGGUGGUUAGAGCUGUCAAACACCAAGAAGGAAUAUGAAGAGGUCAAGGUUCUCAUGCUUAGAGAGCAGUUUUUGUCGCAGUGUGAACCGGGACUUGCAGUAUUCCUGAGAGAAAGGAAAGACAAGAGUCUGCAAGAGCUAGCAGAGCGCGCCGAACAAUACAUGAAUGCCAGAGGCCAUACGAACCUGUGUAAAAAGCCUACUGGGAGAGAAAAGGUCGAACUGAGCGCGAAACCGUUCGACAAACAAGACAAAGCGAAUGGGAAGAAACCCAGUAAAGAAUCGCGUGCGUGCUUCCUGUGUGGAUGUACUGGGCACAUUGCUGCGGAAUGUCGUUCAUUUUCCGGCAGCGGUCAGUUUCAGAAGUGUACGAAAUGUGGAAAGAGAGGGCACCUAAGCUGGAAGUGCCGCUCAACUCAGGAGGCUGGGACUAAAGCAGGGACCGCUAAAGAAGCAGCAUCGGUGUGUAUUGAGAAGGGCUACGUGGAGCUCAAAGAUGGGCAGAAGAGAGAAUUCUCAAAGGAAACAGGUGUGCUCGAGUUGCAGUUGGUUGUACCCAAGAGAUACAGAGUGGCUGUGCUCCAGCUGGCCCACGAGGGACUGUUGGCAGGACACUUGGGAUGCCGAAAAACCGAGGAACGGAUUCUGACAAGUUUCUACUGGCCAGGAGUUGUAAGUGAUGUGAAGAAGUUCGUUAAGUCUUGCGCCAUCUGUCAGAGGACAACACCGAAGGGGAAGACGCGAAAAGUGCCACUCGAGAAGGUGCCUGUUAUCGGUACUCCAUUCCAUCGCGUGGCAAUUGACAUCGUCGGUCCACUUUUUCCUCGCACGCAGGGAGGCAAUCGCUGUAUUUUAACUAUGGUGGAUUAUGCAACCAGGCACCCCGAUGCUGUCGCACUCCCAAGCAUCGAGACAGAAAGGGUGGCAGAGGCUCUCGUCAGUAUGUUUUCUCGUGUCGGGAUUCCCCGUGAGAUCCUAAGCGAUCGAGGGAGCAGCUUCACAUCUGAAGUCAUGAAAGAGGUGAGCCGUCUCCUCUCGGUGAAACAGCUUCAUACGACGCCUUACCACCCUAUGGCUAACGGACUUGUCGAAAAGUUCAACGGGACUUUGAAAUCCAUGCUAAAGAAAACGUGCCAAGAAAGACCCAAGGAUUGGGACCGGUAUCUCGAGGCACUGUUGUUUGCCUAUCGGGAAGUGCCCCAAGAAAGCCUCGGAUUCUCCCCGUUUGAGCUCUUUACGUCGUGGAACUACGGAACCGAGACAUGUAAACUGGCUCAUGAGGAACUACAGCGGGCAGGAGCAAGGUACAAGAAGUUUUAUGACAAGAGUAGCAAGAAGCGUGAGCUUCAACCGGGCGACAACGUGCUGAUCUUGCUUCCCACUGACCACAAUAAAUUGCUGAUGCAAUGGAAAGGCCCAUUUGAAGUUCUGGCGAAAAAGUCGGAAGUCGACUACGAGAUUGGCCUGGACAGCGGAGGUAAGCUGUUUCAUAUCAAUCUCCUCAAGAAGUACGAGGAACGGGACACCGAAGAGGAAAACAGCGUGGACGAGAACGUGUGUGUCGUAGUGACCGCAGAAGAAGAGGAGAAUGAAACCCUACACUUGCUGCCAACUGACCGCACUGAGACGAACGAUGUCAAGAUUGGUCCUACCCUGACUCCCAAACAGCGUGUAGGAAUACAGCAUCUGCUCUCGGAGUUCCCUGCAAUAUUUUCCGACAUACCGGGAAAGACAAAUUUAACUGAGUGCGAUUUCGGGUCGACAACUAAUAAUCCCGUAAACACCAAGCAAUACCCCCUUCCCUUUGCGGUGCGAGAAACGAUCGAAGAGGAGGUGCAGAACAUGCUGAGGCUCGGGAUCAUCGAGAAAUCCAACUCGCCGUAUAACUCACCCGUGUUGGUUGUCAGGAAGCAGGACGGGACCCAUCGGCUUUGCGUCGAUUUCCGUCGCCUAAACGAUGUGCUCAUAUUUGACUGCGAGGCUGUUCCCAGAGCCGACGAGCUUCUGGCCACGGUGGGAAACAGAACUUACUUUUCCAAACUGGACUUUACGAAAGGCUAUUGGCAAAUACCACUCUCUGAAGCAGCCAAGCCGAAGACAGCGUUUUCUACAUCUACCGGCCUGUACCAGUUUUGUUUCAUGCCGUUUGGCUUGAAAACGGCACCCGCAGCUUUCACUAAGUUGAUGAGAAAGCUUCUAAGUGACAUUGAUGGAGUCGUACACUAUUACGACGACGUCCUCGUGGCAACCGCUACGUGGCACGAACACCUUGCUGUGUUGCGACAGGUGUUCCAGCGCGUACAGUCUGCAGGACUUACCGUGAAGCCAACAAAGUGCGAGCUAGGGUCUGAAGCGGUGGACUUCUUGGGUCACCGAAUCGGGAAUGGUGUGAUAGCACCGCUGACAAAGACGCUCGAAAAAAUACAGAAUGUGAACCGUCUCCAGACUAAGCGUCAGGUUCGAUCCUUUUUAGGACUCGCGGGAUACUACAGAAAUUUUAUCCCCAGAUACUCCGAGUUCGCCGCUCCAUUGAGCGACCUGACCAAGAAGGGAAAACCGAACAAAGUGACAUGGGAGACACAGCAUGAAAGCGCAUUCCAGGAACUCAAGAAGCACCUCUCACGGGCACCUGUUCUGAGGCUGCCCGACUUCGAAAAGGAAUUCGUGCUAUGCACAGAUGCUUCGGAUCGCAGCAUUGGAGAUGUGCUUCAACAGGAACAUGACGGCGUGCUGCAGCCAGUGUCUUACGCAAGCCGAAAGCUCCUUCCGAGGGAAGCUGCAUAUGUGGCAAUCGAGCGUGAGGGUCUAGCGCUGUUGUGGGGCGUACAAACUUUCACGACUUACCUCUAUGGGAAGCCUUUCACGAUCCAGACCGAUCACGAACCCUUGUUGUAUAUUAACAAGCAGAGGCAUCUCAAUAACAGCGUUCUACGGUGGAGCCUGCAGCUCCAAGAGUAUUCCUUCAGAGUGCAAUACGUUAAGGGAUCAGAAAACAGGGUGGCAGAUUAUUCAAGCCGCAUACAGAUGCAUUACUAA